CGGGUCGCGCGCUUGACCGCGUUGCUUGUCGGGACUUGAAGUUUUGUUUUUCCCCUCUUCCAAGCGGCGGUGUUUUGUCCGCGGAGGGGGCAGUGCAGGUCUGGCCGCGGUGCACCCCGGGAGCUGUAGUCGGAGACGGGCUGAGGAACCGUGGCGGCGGCUUGUGGCUGCUCGUACCUCUUGGGACUCCGCAGGGGCGGCCGGCGAGGGUGCCUCCGGCGCGCAACAGGUAGUCUUUGCCGCGAGCGCGUCCUUGUAGCGCCUUGGCCUCGCCUGGCCAAGCGGAGUGCGGGGGAAGGAGGACCAGGGGCCGGGGCGGCCGGCAAAGGGCAGGAGGCGUCGCGUGAGUAAAUGCCCAGACCGAAGAUCGUCGAGUGCGAAGGGGUCGCGAGGGUCAUCUAGUCCAGCCCCUUGCGGUGCAGGGAUCUUUCGCUCAGCGCGGGACUCGAACCCGCGACCCUGAGAGCGCGAGUCUCCUUCUCCACCGGCUGAGCUGUGGAGCGGAGGGGACGGUGGUCCCGAGCCCCUGGUGGAGGGUGAGGGGCUCACACGUCGACUGCACCCCGAGGAAACGAAGGUGGGCCUGGGAGAAUGUUGCUCACAAAUCUUCCCUCGUAAAUCUUCCUUCCUUCGCUCGCUAAUAGUUUGCAGGCUGCUGCUCCCUGCGGUUCGAGGAAUCGGCUUCAGCGCCCCAGUAAUAACUAAUGGCCACAGCCAAAGUAAGAGGGGGAGCGAGAGAGUUUUGUGGCGCCUCGAAAGGGCUUUAUUGUGGUCUAAAAUUUUGUGGUCUUUGGAGCCUCCUCAGAUGCACGGGACUGACAGCUGAAUAGGCAAAAACUAGUAAACAUCUCGAGUAAUGAUUUGGCUUAUUUGCUUGUUAGGGUUGCUCCCUGCCCUUCACCAGGUUGAAGGGCGGGAUAUAACUCUAACAAACAGACGGUCUGUUGAUUUUCAUUGGCCUUUUGCCCUAUGCGGGGUUUUUCUUUCUUUUCUUUAUAGUUCUUUAAAGUUGCCAGUCUAGGUUAACACUUCAUGGAUCAAAUGAAAUGGAAUUUUUGUCCAUGAAAGCUUAUGUCACUACUUAUGCUUCAUUCAUUUAUAACCACAACUGAAACACAAGAGUUAAUAAUACUUGGAAAUAUUACUAAAUAGCCAAUGAAAUACUACCCUAAACUUUCCACAAAAGCUGUGGCAGAAAGGUAUGUUUUAGGCAGUGCCAAAAUACAGGGAUGGUGUCUGCCUUAUAUCAAGGGGGAUGGAAGUCCAUAACUGAGGGGCCACCAUGGAGAAGGCUCUGUCAUCCCCCACUGCAGGCGCCCCGUAAUAACAGAACCACAAGAAGGAUUUUACCUGCAGAUCUUAGUAACCAUUGCUGUUGAUCUGGGUGCAUCAGGACUGGUAGCCUAGUGCUAGAAUUACUGUUGGACAGGCUGCUAGCAUUGUGUUUUUAAAAACAAUUUCUACUGUACAGCAGUAGAAAUACUGUUGUCAGAUGUAAACCACACAGAGUAUAACUCUUUUCUUUUCUUCUGGGCAGGAAUAGUUGAGCUAAGUAUCAUCAUCCAUAAUACUCCCUCACAGCAAGGAAUUUGUACUGUGGGAUAGUCUUUACAUGCCUUUCCAGAAUGUGAACAAAUCAAAGAGGAACUGCAAUACCUCCUUCUGCCCUGUUCUUUCCUAUGGCUGUUUCAAUAGGCAGUAAAGUACUUUGCUGCAGAAAUUAGUGUGGGAGUAAAUGGCUGUAGGUGGAACUCAGUAUUCGCCAAAGGGAAGCACUGUGCGCAAGACAUCCCUGUAAUGGAGUCAGUGCUGCUUCCAGAGAAGGAGGAGGCAAGUUGACUGGGGCAUCAGCAUUGUGAAAGUGAACUGGUGGAGUCACUCUGAUGCUCCUUCUGAUGUGCCCCACAGUGCCAACAUCCCCUCUCCCUGCCAGUAAGGAGCAGCAACUACACUGCAGUGGGUUGUCAGGUGCAGAGUGCACCUUUUCCUGCUUGCUAUUACUGAGUUACUACAGUUUUAACAGCGAAUUGCUUCCAUAUUAAUCUCUGCACUAAAGUGGUGGUGAAAAGAGAAAGCAUAGCUGAGAGAGAAUGAGUUAAAAAUAGAUAACUAGGUUGAAAUACAGUAAUACCUCCGCGAGUGUCCGCCUUGUCUAGCGUCCAUUCCGGUGAACGUCCACGGCAAACCCGGAAGUACCAGAACUGGUUACUUCCGGGUUUGCUGCUUGUGCAUGUGCAGAAGCGCUAAAUCAUGCUAUGCACAGAAGCGCAAACCGCUCCGCGUGCAUGCGCAGACACGGCACCUUGCCCUGCGUCCUUUUCGGCUAGCGGCCGGGGCUCCAGAAUGGAUCCCGGCCACAAAACGAGGUACGACUGCUCUUGAUGGUGUUACACUUCCUGUGAAGGAGCAGGUAUAUAGCUUGGGGAUACUUCUGAAUCCAUUGCUGUUGCUUGAGGCUGAAGUUGUCUCAAUGGCAUGGAGUGUCUUCCAUCAGCUUCAGCUGGUGGCUCAGCUAUGCUCCUGUCUGGACAAGGAUAGCCAAACUUCUGCUGUCUAUGCUCUGGUAGCCUUUAGGUUAGAUUACUGCAAUGCAUCAUACUGGGGGCUGCUUUUGAAGAUGGUUCAGAAAAUUCAGCUAGUGCAAAAUUCAGUGGCCAGGUUGCUUACUGGGGCAAAACAGUUUGAACAUAUAAUACCAAUCCUGACCUGGCUGCAUUGGCUGCCAGUUAGUUUCCGGACCCAAUUCAAAGUGCUGGUUUUGACCUAUAAAGCCUGAUGUGGCACAGGACCUCAAUGCCAUAAGGACCACCUCUCCCCAUAUGAACCAAUCCAAACCCUGCAAUCAUCAUCUGAGGCCCUUCUUCAUGUGGCAACACAAGAACAGGCCUUUUCAGUGGUGGCUCCCCGUUUGUGGAAUGCUCUCCCUAAGGAGGCUUACCUGGUGCCAUCAAUAUAGAUUUUUAGGCGCCAGGCAAAAACUUUCCUCUUUAACCAGUACUUUGACCUCUGUCUGGCCUUUUGUGGGUGUUUGAAAUGUAUUUUAAUGUAUUAUUUUAAAGUUGGUUUGGUUUGGUUUAAAUGUAUCUAUUGGAGUUUUGUUUGUUUGCUCAUUUGCCCAUAAGUUACUUUGAAUUGCCUUUGGCAAGAAAAAGCAACUAAUUAAUGUAAUAAAAAAUAAUAUAAAGGAAGUUACUUCCUGCAGUUAAGUCAAUACAGUCCUUGAGUUGGAAAAACUAUAAAAGUGAACCUUCAAAUUAUUUGGCUUGUGAGUCCAUGCAGUAGUUGGAUUACAGGUGUUUCUAGUUUUAAGUGGGAAUUUUGGUUGAUAUAAUUUAUGCUGUUGAAUAUCAUUUGAUGAUUCAGAGAUCCUGGAAUCCAGUCUCUGUAGUAUCAUUGUGAGGAGAUAAUCACUUUGAAGAAGAACAUCAGUUUGGCUGAUUAUUCUUCUUUACGUUUGCUAAUCAUACUGUCUAAUUAUACAACUUCUGCUUUCCCCAAAAGCAUGAAACUAAAACUGUGGAUAAAAUUAAAAUGUUAAACUAUUCUUCAGAAACUCAGGUUCAUUUGUUUUCUGUUUUCACUGGAUGGAAUGAGUCUUGCAGUGAAAUGUGGUAGAACUAUAUUAAAUAAUACAUCAGAUAGCCAGCUCAUUUAAAAUGAACACACUUCUGCUUUACUCAGCAUCUUAUCAACAUAUCUAUGCUGGAUGAUUUUGCUUUCUGCAUAUGCUAGUCAGUGUUCAAAGCUCCCAUUGUUCUAGGUGCAUUUUGUGACAGGGAAUUUUGUUAGUGCAUCUAAAAUUUCAGAUUCAAACUGCAGAGUGCCUCCCCACUUCCAGCUACUCUCUGAAGACUGCAGAAGAGACCCUCUUAAGAAUAUUAGGGGGUGGACAGGGGAAGGACUAGACCAUGUGAAAAAUGAGGACAGUAGCAGGAAUUUAAAAUAAUUUGAACUGGAUGAAGCAGAAGAUGACCUCAUAGUUAAGAAGGAUGUACCAGGCAGGAUUAUGUCAGCAUCCUAGGGUGUGAGAAUUUACUGAAGCAUUUUGUAAGACUUUGUGACAUCUAGCAACCCUAAGUUACGUUCUGAUUGUGUGAAAUUAUUUUCCUGUUUUCAUUUCUUUAUAAAGCCAUUCAUACUCUGUUGUUGCUUAAUACAGACAUUGAGGGGAAUCCCCAUGUUUUAAAUAAGGUUAUGAUAAUGUCUCUAUAAACAGUUUUGUUUGUUUGAAAACCUACUUUCUCUUAUUUCCAGAUAACGGAAGGGAACGCGAAUGAGAGUUCUAUAAAUUCUACAGUCAAGAAGUAUAAGCUUUCUUACAGUUGCUAAUGAAGGAUGGCUACUCCAUAUGUUCCUGUUCCAAUACCUAUAGGAAGUUCUACUAGUUUUACCACGAAUAGAAACCAAAGAAGAUCAUCUCUUGGGAGCAUUUCAACAUGUUCAGAUUCUUCAAAAGCACAGCUAGAGGAAUCUUCUAUCAGUAGUUUUAAAAAGAGGAGUGUCCCUGAUGCAAUUGGUGCCACUUCAUCUCCUUGCAAUAGUCCGCUUGUGAGGACUAAAUUUAUAGGUACGAACACAUCUAUGGAAUAUUGCACUCAACCAUCGGAAGAUAGUGAGCAAAACAUAAACUCUGGGAGCUGGGAAGAUCGGCCUGCUACACCUACGAUACUAGGUUAUGAGGUGAUGGAAGAGAGGGCAAAAUUCACUGUAAGUUGUGCUUUUUUCUUCAGGAAUUUUGACUAGUAACACAUCAUUUAAAGAUUCACAGAAUCAUUAAAAAAUACUAAUCACGCUGCACAGUAAGUAUGGGACUCUUCGCUGGCUUUCUGAAAUGGCUCUUGAAUUGCCUGCUAGAUGCCAUUUCCAUACUAUUUGAUUCCCCACCACCAUUCCUAUCUUGUUUUUGACACAUAUUCUGGACAAUGACUGCCUCAUAGUAUCCGGCUACCAGUGUUGUGAUCUGGCCUUUGUGUAUGCACUCGGGAUUACUGGCAUCUGCAGUUGUGGUGUGUGAGUGUGGGUGAAUGUGUGCAGGUGUAGUAGAUGGAUUGAGGUACAGGUGUGUGAGCAGACAUAGAAGUUGAGCAGGUGUAAGUGUAUUGAGUGAGUGGAAUUCUGUGUCACAGGGUUUGAUGUUUUAUAUAUUGUAUAAUUUAUGGGUUCUGAUAAUUUCCAUACAGUAUUUCUAUUGUUUUACCAUUAUUAUUGUUGGUUGGUUGUUUAUAAGCUGCUAAACUGCUUUAUGAUCUUUUCUAUUGAAAAGUGGAAUAUAAAUACUUGAAAUUAAUUAAUUAAUUAAUUAAGCCAUCUGUACUUGUAUAAAAGUUGCUGAUUCCAGCACUGUUGAGCUACUAAAAACAAUAAAUGCUUUCAGUUCUGCAAAUUUUAACCUUGCUCAGCUUUAUACACAUGGGUAGCUUCAGCAUGGCUGGAAUUACAUAAAGCGGUGUUAAUUACUUUUUGCAGUCUGAGCUGGAUUCAACAAUUGAGGAUAACCAAGGCUGUGUUUCUGAAGUGGUUGUUCUGUGUAAACAACACUUUAAAAAAACAAAAACAUCCACAGAAAGGGAAUUUUUAUGGUAAUUUAGGCUGCAGUCCUAUAUACUUCCUUAUUUGGAAGUAAGACCCAUUGAACUCAGUGGGACACUCCUGGAUGGACAUGUAUAGGACUGCACUGAAAUCACAAAAGGAGAAGAAGACAUAUGCAGGCACCAUUAGUUUAGAUACCAAAUAGGUGGGUAUAGUCCAACGAGUUCUCCCUUUCAUCUGAGUCAUCAUAAAUUAAUAUUGCAGAUUAUUGCAAUGUACCAUACUUUUGUUGGUUAUACUUUGAAUAUGCAUUAGAUUUUUUAAUCCUAACCUUAAUUUACUGGGAAGCAAUACUGUAUUCAGAUCUUUGAGACUUGAUUCUGAUUAACAGUGCAAGCCAAACUAUAGGAACCCAGCAUAAAUUAGGAUGUCAUAAAUUACCCCAUUCCAAACUCAAUCCAGGAGCAGAGCCAGCCCAAGCCUGACAGAGGGAAAACAAUACUUUAUAACAGUAUGACUUGCACAACCCUUUCUGCCAGUCUAACUUCCACUCGAUUGGUAGGUCAUGUGAUUGAGGCAACUGGAAUUUGGAACAGAGGCAAGUCUCCCCCUUACCCAGUUCCUCCUGAGCUGGGAUGAGUGACUCAAUGUAGGUAGGAUCAGGGUAUCUUGUUGAAAUACACUAUUUUUGUGAAAAUAGUUUAAAAUAGAAAAUCCAAAUUCCAUGAACUGGUUCCUCCUGGGAGCAGUAAAACAAUACCAGUUCUAUAUUUGCAUGAGAUACCUGUUCAUUUUUUAUACUUUAGUAUAUAUACAUAGGCAAACUUUGAUAACACUUGCUUCCUUUCUGAAAGAAUAGUUAUGUCAGCUUCCUAGUAAUUAUAGUGUAAUAUGACUAAAAUGCUCACACAACUUAUUGAAACUGCUAUAAUAGUUUUUUUUUAUUUAACAGGUUUACAAAAUCCUUGUAAAGAAAAAUCCAGAGGAAAACUGGGUAGUUUUUAGAAGGUAUACAGACUUCUCCAGGCUUAAUGACAAGGUAUAUAAUUCUUGAUCUCCAGCUAUUAAUAUACCAGAUUAACAUUUUUGCUUCCAGCUUUGAAAAGUUACAAUGAGAAAAACAAGCAAUUGCUUUGCCAUAGAACUAGUAAGUUCACUGAGAAGUUAAAUGGUAUUUGAAAAGACAUUCCAGCACCAUAUUUAUUUACAUUUUUUAUUGAAUUAUUAUACUACCCUUCAUCUGAAGAUCACAGGGUGAUCUGCAUAUUUGACACCCGAAAAUAAUACCUGCAAGCCCUUUAACUUUUUCUGGUUACCUUCCCCCCCCCCCCCCCCGGGUUUGAUCUGCAAAAUCUUAGGUGGCACUCAACUAAGUUUUACUCAGAGUACACCCAUUAAAAAUGAACAGGCCUAACUUCCAUGUUCAUUAAUGUUGAAUGCUACCCCUUGCUUAAUCAAGAGAAGGCUAAUUUGCUAAGAUUCAUAUAUCUCUGCCUAUUGUUGUAAACCUUCUUCUAACAAGAUGCAUUCCCAUAAUGUGUUUCUUAACUAGCCAUUUGUUUGUACCACAGAAGACAGAGGCAUAGUGCAGUGGCAUGGCUCAAAUUUCCACAAUUUUUUGCUUUUUUGAAAAAGCACCAAAUUUUCACUAUACGUGAAUUAAUAGAUAGUGGUUGUUUUCAGGUAUUGGCGCACUGGUAUUACAUUUGAUAUGUUGUUGCUACUCUUCAAACCAGCUUGACCUGCCACCCUUUGCUGAGAAAAUCUCAUCAAAAGAACCCAUUGCACAUUAACCUGAGGCAAAGCGACAGAAAUAGAAAAAAUGCAAGGGGGGGGACACCUUACUGCUAUAUUAAAUCUAUGCAGAAAGUGUAAUUCCUUACUAUCUACUUGGUUUGCUUUUUUCAGCUCAAAGAUAUGUUUCCUGGUUUCCGAUUGGCACUACCACCAAAACGCUGGUUCAAGGAUAAUUACAAUCCUGAUUUUCUGGAAGAUAGACAGCUGGGACUCCAAGCAUUCUUACAGAAUUUAGUAGCUCACAAAGACAUUGCUAACUGGUAUGUGAUUCUCACCUUCUUCUGUCACUUGGAUUAUUUUAACAGGGUAACAAAAGAAUAAGACCCUCUUUAGCUGUUGCUCUUUUUUGGUAAUACUUGGUUUGAGCUCUACUGCCCACUAUUCUAAAUUGUACUCCUGCUUUUCCAGAAUUAGACUAAUGAAUAAUUAAAUUGCUUUCUGUGAGUAAAGAAACCCUCCCCAGACUAACACCAGCACAUAUGUUUCUGGGCCGGGUUCAGGAUUCUUGUAUCAAUUCACAAGGACUUUAACAACAGUGGUCCAGGAAAUCUUAACAACCACCUAAUUCCAUAUAUCCAUGCCUAAUCACUGAAGCCCUUUCAGGAGUAGCUGUUAGUUGUCGUCCAUGGCUCAAAAGCACAGCCACAUUUUCAGCAUUGUGGACCCAAUUUUGUAGAACUUCCUCCCAGGUGAGAUGAAAUAGGCCUUUCUCCUUUUGAACUUCUUACACCUAGUGGAGGCCUUUUUACUUCACUAGGCAUUUUAAGUAAGUUUUGUUAUUAGUUUUAACUUAACUUUACUGUUACUCAGCACUGCUCAGACAACAGAGUUAAGCAAUAUAUAAGCUGUUGAAACUGAAAAUUAGUAAAAGUGUAGGAACUUGCGUUAUUUUAGGUUACAAAAGGGCAAAUGUGUUUAAGACUGGAAAUUGCAAAAGGAGUUUUGAGAGGUCUUAAAAAAUAUUUCACUUCUACAUUCUAGCCGCUAGCAGGGUGGAAUCUGUCUAAAUUACAGGAUUUGCCACAAUUGGGAUGCAGAGAAAGGGCCAAAGGAAGUCAGGAAUGUAUUUGUGUAGAUAAGAAGAUACCCUAAAUCUGUGGUCCGCAAACUUUUUCUGCAGGGGGCCAGUUCACUGUACCUCAGACCUUGUGGGGGGCCGGACUAUAUUUUGAAAAGAAAAAAAAAUGAGCGAGUUCCUAUGCCCCACAAAUAACCCAGAGAUGCAUUUUAAAUAAAAGGACAUAUUCUACUCAUGUAAAAACACCAGGCAGGCCCCACAAAUAACCCAGAGAUGCAUUUUAAAUAAAAGGACACAUUUUACUCAGGUAAAAACACAAUGAUUCCCGGACCAUCCCGGGCCGGAUUUAGAAGGCGAUUGGGCCGGAUCCAGCCCCUGGGCCUUAGCUUUCCUACCCAUGCCCUAAAUGGUGUGAAUGAAAGUUAUUUAAAGGACUGCCUGCACCUGUAUGAGACAGCUCAAGCUUUGAGACCAAAUUCUGAAACCCAGGUCUCUGGCUGAUCAAUAAGAUGGACAGAUAUCAGAGACAAGGCCUUAUGAAUAACGGCUCCACAUUUGUGGAAUUGCCUCACCCAAGAAAUACAUAACUCUUAAGAUAACUUUUGAGAUGCUUUUAUUUCAUUUCACUUUUGAUUAGUCUGCUGUGCUUUAAUUGAGGAUGUGUACUUUAACUGUGUCUAAAUUUUCUAGUUUUAUGUAGUAUUAUGUUCUAUUUAUUAUCCGUAUACAUCACACUGUGAGAGCAAUGUAUUUGGAAGGUGGUUGUUAAAGUCUUUAAAUAUACAAAAAAUCUGCUGUUGGCUGUUUGGCAUUGUGUAUUCAGCAUGUGGAGUUACAAUAUGGGGAUUAUCCGUUAAUUUUAUUUUUCAGUUUCUAAAAAUACAUAUAAGAAGAAGAUUUUUUUAAAACCCUCUAAAAUGUAGAUUUGAAUGGAAUGCCUUUGAUUCUGCCUGUAUUUGUUAUAUGCUUUCUAAGAUGGGUGAUUUUGAAGAUACUCUUUUAUGAAUGCUUUAGAGCUUGGCAUUGCAAUCGAAACCAUGUGUUGUUGUUUUUAAUUAUAGAAUCUCUAGUUUUAUGCAAUCUUGAACCACGUAUGUUAUGAGCAGUGUGCUAUUUGGCAGUACAUUGAAUUCUAAAUGCCAACCUUGAAGCUGAAAUGUUCCAUUUCAGUGUGUUUGUUUGUGUUAAUGGUGGCUGGUUAUGGAUGGGUAAUUAUAGUAGAAUCCUGAAUGGUUGGGUGGGCUAGACCGCAAGUCGUGACAAUUUCUCAAUGGAUCAGAAAUUGGUCGGGUGGAAUUUGUCUUUGCCACUAUUGUUGAACAUUUCAGUACAGGAGUGGCUAAGCAGUUGUUCUCCAGUUGUUGCCAAUGGUUAGUGCUGAUAGGGUGUGAGCAUAAUCUUAAGAGCAUAGGUUAGCUACUUCUGCUGCAAUAUAACAGCUGAAAAGUAGUGACAGAAGUGCCUCUUAGCAGGUACUUUCAGUUCCUAUCAACUCUGUUAUAUAUGAACUUCUUGAACUUUUGUCCUUUAGACUAGAGGUUUGUGCCAUCUGAUAGCAUGUUGGGAGUCUCUCACAGAAAUUGUAGCCGCCUGUGCUGCAGCUGUGACAGCAACAACCAUAUAGAACUCCUCCACAAUAGGUUGUAGACCCAGUGUUCAGCUAAGAGCUUGUACUGCAUAGUGUUGAUGCAAUUAUGUUUGUGUGUGAUUUUAUUUUUAUAUUAAAAAAAUGCAACCUAAAAUGUCCUGAGACGCAACAAAUAAACUCAUCUUUUUCUGUUGCUUCUAACUUCUGCACUUCAUUGCUAAUAGACUAGUAUGUAGAGUUUUCCAAAUUCUUUCAAGAUGUCUUGGGCUUCUUAUGCCAGAAUCAAUGUUCUCAUUAAUGGUUUCUUCCUGACAUGCAAAGUAGCGACACUCGUUCAAGACUCUGUGAACCAGUUCUCUUGCCCCAAUAUUAAACAGGAUUUUGUUAGUGAGAUUCUUCACUUUAUAACGCCAUGAAUAAGAGUACAGUAAAACUGCAUCCUAAAGUAACAUCCUCAUUGGAAUGAUUUUUAAUAGGGAUAUAAGUUCACAAUGAUUAUCAGAAAUACACAUUGUGCAAGCUGUAUUUUCCCUUUUAUUUGCUCAUGAGUAUUUCUUUUUGCAUAUUGUGGAAACUGGAGAAAGGUGUUAAACCUGUAAAACAGAUGCUUGGAUUACUUAUUCUUCUGACAGGCUGGGCCGGAGUCAUUUGUGGCUCGACCCUAUCCUGGAGGAGAAUCUAAAAAGGGAUUCAGUUCUCUGCUGUUCAUAAAAGGCAAGUGUGCAUGUGUGUUUUCUGCUGCUCUAGUUGCAGCUUUCUGUAGAAGAAGCAUACUUUCUGCUUCUAUCAGUAUUGCCCAUCUUAGUGCAAUAGAGCUAAAAUAGUAAUGCUUAGUUGAGUCUGUGUAAACAGCUUUGCUCAAUCAAAAACUGUAAGUUAAAGAUGGAAUUCCCUUCCCCACAUGCACCGCAUUAUGGUUUGGAAAGAGGAGAGGAAAUCCAAUAUUGCUGUUGCUUCCAUUAAAGUUCUAAAUGCAUUUGAAUGAACUUUUGCAUCACAAUCCUAAACAUAUAAAUCACACAUAGGAGCAUAAGAAAUGACUUGCUCCAGCCUGCACCUAACAGAUAACCAGCAUUCUGUUUCCAACAGCUGCCAAUCAGCUGAUUCUAAUAAACUCUCAAGUAUUGCACGAAGGCAGCACUCUUCUGUUUUGUACUGCAUUUUGUCUCCAACAUCUGGUAUUCAGAAAGGUGUACUGCCUCUGGCCACAGAUCAAUGUAUAGUUUUAGGUUAUUACAACCUCAGUUGAGAAUAUGCUUAACAAAACCCUACACUUGAAUUCUCCCCCUCCCCCUUUCCACUAGUGGACAAAGAACUUUGUUUCUUAACUGCAACCACAUAUAGUACUUGUUUAUUAGAGCUGCCAAAGGCAUCAUAGCAAAAAAAAGCCUACCCAAGGCUACCCAAAACCAACUGAUAUUUAUCUUAUUAAGUGCUUGGAUUCAGUGGUUAUAUGUUUUUUAUAAUCAUUCUUCCACGUAAAAGCUUUAUACCAUUAGUCACAAGAUACACAUUUUGUAGUAUUUUUCACAUUUUGUAGCUUAAUAUUGCCAAAAUUUUCCUUAAACUCAGUAACGGGGUCUAAAAGAGGUACAGAACAAGUGAAAUCAAGCUUGGAGAAAGCAACAAUGCUUUCAUAUAAUAAGCUGUUCUGAGGAUGGCCAUUUGCGAUCUCAUUCCACACCUUUUCAAAACAGCAGUUCAACCAUGAAGAGAAGCUCUACUGUAAAUAAAACUGUUUGGAAAGGGUGUGAUAUAACUGUCAAAUGAAGCAAAGAAGCAUUGUUCCUGUUUUUUCUAGACAGUUCAUUUGACUGAAUAGAUGUUAUGAGAGGAAAAGACACAUUCUCACUCACUUACAAACUCGCUGACGAACCUGGAAAUUCUACAGAUGUGAUGUUAGAGCAGUUUUCCACAAGCUUUCUUCAUGUUUUAUAAUAUCAAGCUUCCUUAGUCCCAGCCUGUGUGGACUGCUGCUCCAGAAUUUCCAGCAGCUCAAUGUCCUUCGUUGUUGAUUUCUUCAAAACAAACAAACAAACUUUGCAUAUGUAAACUGGCAAAUCUGUGAGAGGAAUUUCUUCAUAAAAAUGAUUUGCAAUGUGAAGUGUUCUCCAUAUUUAUGGUAUUUAAAGCAGCAGGCACACUUGUUUGCAUGUUUGGUUGAAGCCUUAGUUUAAUCUUCUCAAAAGAGAUGCUUCCACACAAUUGACACAUACAACUUGGUUUGUUUUUGUGUUGUUAUAUGUUUUGUGUUCUCAUUUUGUAUUUUUAUGUUGUGAACUGCCCUGUGAUCCUCAAAAGAAGGGCAGUGUACAAAUUUACCGUAAUAAACAAACAAACUUCUGCUAGUCAAAAGUACGCUGGAAAAGAGACAGUUUAGGAAUAGUUACAUAGGCUAGACAUGGCUUGAGAAAAAAUCGGAGCCAUCUUCCAGAAUACAGCAGUGCAAGUCAUUCUUGCUCAGUUUAUACAAGCCUCUCUAUCGUCUCCCCUUUGAACAGUCUUUAUUGACCCCAAACAAGUAGGCAGACAGUUAUGUCUAGUGUACAGAUAAGGCGAUAAUCCUGGGUGAAGGCUUAUUGACAAUCUUUAUUAAUCUUCAGUUUGAGUGCGGGGGAGAUCCUGUUUGGUAUGCAUAAAGCAACUAUUAUUAUCUUACAUUUGUUUUGAAAAGCAAGGUUUUCAUGUUUCAAAAGCAAUUUGCUUAUGUAGUACAGUAUAGAGAAAUCCGCUAUUUGGGAAAUGCAAAUUCUAAGACUCCACUGGGACAUGGGAUUAGUUAGCGGUUCCCUUACUCCUGGCUGUUGUCAUUCUGUAUUUUAAUUCAGAUUUAUUUAUUUUUUACUUUUUACUGGGGAGUUAAUCGGAUUUUAAAAUCCAGGAUAAAUUAAACUUUAAAAAAAAUCCUCACCCUGAAUGACUUUUGUUUUAAACAAUUUCAUUUUAUAUUAGACAAGCAUCCAUUGCUGGGGAGGGUGAAAAUGGUAUGGAAAACAUUUAUUUAUACCUGCUAACUGAAACAUUACACGUUGGUUAUAAUAAAAACAAACUUGCUCAUUUUCGGAGAAAUACUGUGUUUUGUGUUGUUUCUCACUGACUUUAGGCUGUUCUGUUUGGAGACCAACUUCUUUCUUUCUUUUCAUUAUUUCAAAGUCUUGCAGUGAGGGAGUUCCUUUGUUUGGAUGAUCCACCAGGACCAUUUGAUAGCCUUGAAGAGAGUAGGGUAAGUGUAAAGUAGUUAUUUUGUUGUUAGAAUAAAACACUCUUAACUGGCCUGUUGAAUAUGAUGUUUGUCAUGUGGUACCUUUAUAACAGGAGAAGCAUCUGUUCUCUUUGAGGCGGACAUAAAAUAUAUAUGUCUGCCACAUAGAAAAAGGCAUGGAAUGAAUAAUCUAUGGACUGUACAUUUACACAACAAGCAGCCCAAAGGCAGAAAGACAGGGCAGUUAUGGAGCAGAGAUCACGAAAGCCUGGGGAGGUGAGGGUGGGAAAAGAAUGCAGGCAAGGUAAAGGUAAAGGGACCCCUGACCAUUAGGUCCAGUCGUGACCGACUCUGGGGCUGCGGCGCUCAUCUCACUUUAUUGGCCGAGGGAGCCGGCGUACAGCUUCCGGGUCAUGUGGCCAGCAUGACUAAGCCACUUCUGGCGAACCAGAGCAGCACCUGGAAACGCCAUUUACCUUCCCGCCAGAGCGGUACCUAUUUAUCUACUUGCACUUUGACGUGCUUUCGAACUGCUAGGUUGGCAGGAGCAGGGACCGAGCAACAGGAGCUCACCCUGUCACAGGGAUUCGAACCGCCGACCUUCUGAUCGGCAAGUCCUAGGCUCUGUGGUUUAACCCACAGCGCCACCCACAUCCCUAAAGAAUGCAGAAGUUGUAGGAAAUAAUUUUAAAGUUUCUUUUGACUAUAUUCUUCCUGCAGAUUUUCUCAAUCUCCGACUGUUGAAUAUUGUUUUAUUCUGCUGCCUGGUAUUUAAUUAUUGAUGACUCAUAUUUGAUGCAUUGUUUUAAAUCUACCUCUGCGAUCUGAUCCUUUUGCUUUAUCAGUUGUGCAUGUAUCAUACUUUAGGGUUUUCCUUCACUGGUUUAAUUAUAUUUAGCAUAAAGUAUUUUCUCACAUAUUUUUAAUAUGUGUAUCUUCAUGAUUUAUCAGUUACACUGCUCAGUCUCACUGCUAUUUCCUCCUACCUGAAAUAGGAUAUUUUGUUCGGAUUGUAUGUGAUUCUUUUUAUUUGUUUUCCUUGGGCAUCUGAUUUUUCAGAUAUUGCAGAACCCAUCCAAAAGUCUUUCUGAAUUAGAAUAAUACCAUUUGCUGAAUGCAUGCAGAAGAACAAAGAAAGAGACUUUUUUGGCUCACAUCUAGCAGAUAUGAACCAGCUUAACACAUUAUGUUAAUAUGUCCAGUUCAAAUACUUGGUAAAAUUACUUUUAAGUUAAAACAUUUGGAAUGUUGUUAGCAUUCCAAAAUAUAUACAGAUAUUGUGUGUGUGUGUGUGUAUGUUUUGAAUUUGGCUUUUUAGAGGACAACUUUAACUAUUUUAACUUGGUUUCAGUCAAAGUAUAAUGCCAUUGAUGUAUUUUAAUUCCUGUUAAUUUUGGCUCUAGUAAAUGGCAGGUCCCUUCAGAACUGUCCCAUAGUUUAAGGGAUUGGCAGCAUUAUAUCUGCACCAUCCCCUGGUGGAUGCCUGGUUAACUGAAUGUGCUACACAACCAAAUGAGAAUCUCUGCCAAAUUACAUAAUAGGCUGUUUUGCUAGUGAAGUUAGCGACAAAUUAUGAAAUGCAAACUUCUUAACGUUAAUUGCAGGCUUUCUCUUAAAGAGAAAAAAAUUGUAAGCCCUCAGUCCAUGCUUUGUGAUUUUCUGCAUCAAGUGGUUUUGUUGGUAAAGGAGAGCUCACAGCUACAGAGCAUCUUAUAUCUAUCAAAAAUAUAGAGGAAGUCAAGAAGAAAAAUAUAUCCACUUCUUAUAGAGACAGUCUCAAUAGCAUGUGCAGUGUACCCAAGCACUGAAUCAAAUAUUAUUUCCUCUAGCAAGCUAUUAGCAUUUCACCCCCAAAAAUGUUAAAAUGCGGCAUGUAUGUUGGUUUAAUUUUUCCUUUAAACACCUUUAAUUUUUCCUUUAAAUUUUUCCUUUCCUUUCCUGUUUUAAACACACACACUUUUAGAGAUUGGAGAAGUGGUUCCAUUUAAAGAAAGGGAAGUAACUUUGACUGACUCCUUGUGUCAUCAGUCAGGGUUCUACAAAAUAUCAAUUAACAAUUUUGCAGGAUGUUUGCUUUUCAGGUACCGUAACUUAACCUUAGAAACUCGGCAAGGUAUCAUUGGACCUGUGUGGCACCUUGGAGAUGAACUAGCUUAGUGGCUCAUGAGCUUUUGAAGACAACUUCCUCUUUCAUUGGACUCAUGUCUACAAAAGCUCCUACCUCAAAAACCCAGUUGGGCUUAAUCCUAAACACACUUACUGAGACAUAAAUCCCAUUAAAAUCAGUGGAAUUUACUUCCAAAUAAGUGUAUUUAGGAGUGGGUGUUCUUACUGCAACCAUACUGAUCUCUUUGCUGCAGUUUAGUCUUGGGAUCUUAAGUUCUGCAAUAAAAUCUUUUAACAUCAGAUAACGUAUUUGAUGGGGAGGGGGCUCCACAGUAGUUGCAAUGUUUAUCUAUGUCGCAAGGGACUGCGGGGAAAAUCUCUAGUUGACCUUCUGAGCCCCAUGAGGGGAUUUGUAGAAUUAAUGUGGCGUGGCAACAAGACAGCAUCAUGUGUGCCAAGAUGUAAUCUCAAGUAAUUACAGUGAGCUUCACCUAUGCUUUUUUAAUCUAGCUUUAGCAGAAAAUGUCAACUUUUGAUGGACUUUCUCAGUAGCCACAUUCAAACCAAUAUGUGUUAUUUUGUGUUUCAUCAUGAUUAUGCUGUUACUAUAAGAUUCUGCAAUAGGUGCAAUGCUUUUUCUGUUAUGGCAUAGUAGUUCCCUUACAUUUUGCUAGUUCUGUUUUAAUGUGUCAGUGCAAUGAAUAGUAAAGUUGCUACAGGAUGCAUGUCUGCAGAGCUGUGGUGGCUGGUCAUGCAGAUAUUCUCAGCUGCAUGGUUGGUCACAGCUUGUCAUUCUGAAAAUAUUUUGAAAUGUGGGUUAGGACGGUCCCUUUGUGAGCCGUUGUCUAGUUGUAUACCAUGAGGUUAGUUUUUGUUUUGUUUUUUGCUUGCAUAAAAAAUGACAGACUGAUACAGUUUGUCCUCAUUACUGCCACAUAAAAAUGUUCAGUGCAAUGAAAUAAAAUUGAGGUUGUGUGCUUUUAUGCACAUUAAAAAUUUAAACUAUUGUAGUAGGGGAACAUCAUCAGUCUCAAGUCUUUGCAUUUCUCACACAAAACUAUUGCCUUCAAAAAAAUCGUUUACUUUUUCUUCUAGGCUUUCUGUGAGACCCUAGAAGAAACAAACUACCGUCUGCAAAAGGAACUUGCUGAAAAGCAAAAAGAGGUGGAAGCUCUGAAAAAAAUGCUAAAUGAAAAAGAAGUGUACAUAGACGCCAUAGAGAAACAAUUGGGGUAAGAGGACAGAAAAUUCUUGAAACUAGAGUGCAAUUUAAAAAUUAAUCCCAAAACAUUGAGCACUUAUUCAUGCAUUUCUGAAAACUUUUUUUGUUGCAACCAUACUGCACUGCCUCUCGGUGGAGUACAGGGUCAGGUUUAAAUGCUGGUUUUGACCUUUAAAGCCCUAUGCGGCCUAGGACCCACGUACCUACGGGACCGCCUCUCCUGCUUUGCUCCGGGAGGAACUUAAGGUCCACAAAUGAGAACACUUUGGAGGUCCUAAGUUGCAAGAUGGUUAGAUUGGUCUCAACUAGGGCCAGGGCCUUUUCAGUACUGGCCCCGACUUGGUGGAACGCUCUGUAACAAAAGAUUAGGGCCCUGUGGGACUUGACAUCUUUCCGCAGGGCCUGCAAGACAGAGCUGUUCCACCUGGCCUUUGGUUUGGACUCAGUCUGACCCUUAUGCGUCCCUCCCCUUAUGGUUUUGAUCUAUGGGCUACUAUUAAAAUGAGGCUGCGUUUUAAAUUGUAUUUUAACCCCUAUUUUAAAUUGGUCUCUCUCCCCCCCCCCCCAUUAUGUUUUUAUUGUAAUUUUACUGGUGUUAGCCACCCUGAGCCUGGCUCUGGCCGGGGAGGGCGGGGUGUAAAUAAAAAAUUAUUAUUAUUAUUAUACCCUCACUUCUCUCCUGAAAGACAGGAGAUAACCCCCAGAGUAACUCUUGCAUAAUUUUAAACUUCAGUUUAAAAAGGAAAUAAAAAGUCUUGUGUGAAGUAAAACACUUUAACAUGUAUGUGAGCCUUUCUGACACAAUUGAGGUUGGUGCAGGCCACAUAUAGCAAGUCAGUUUAACUACGUAUUUCUUUGGAUAGGAAUGAUGGGAGGGAGAGCAGUUUCCAAGUUGCAAUCUCACAAAGAGGAAAUCCUUAGUAAAGUUUCCUGAGGAUGAGGACUUCUAUUUUACUGUCAGUAUGAACCUGAAAUCUGGUGAAAUAAAUGAUGCUGCUAAUUUUAUAGUUAUUGCUUACUAGCGGCCUUGUACCUGACAUUGCCCGGGAAUUCUAAGGAGGGUGGGAAUGAAUGCAGAGUUAAAAUUGGUGCCAUUUUGAAUGGUUCAGUGCAGUUUUGAAAGGUUCGCCAUCUUGAUUCAAAGGACCGUCCAAUCUUACCCAAACAGAGAGAAAAAACUGCUCCUUCAUCUCAAGAACCAACUAUGCAAUCUGAUUAUGAAACCUUAAGAGCUGUCCAAAUGCAUAGCAAACAAAAUACUGUACUUUCCAAAAUAUUUUGUAGAUGAGCAUUCUGUUUAGUAGUCUAGUAUCUAAAAUACUUACUUUUCCAACAUCUAAUAUAAUUAGAUUUUCAGUGCAUAAUGGAUAAACAGUAUGCUGAAGCAUCAAUACAAAAUAGAUACAAUUUGUAAUGAAAGUUCUUUGCUAAUUAGUAUCAGUGUCAUUUCAAAAUUAUGUCUUAAACCUAAUAAAGGAAUGGAAAUAUAAUUAUGUGUAGAAAAGUCUUCUAAAAGAAGUUCUGCUUAGGUGCUUUUUCAUUAUUUCCUAGCUUAACUAUAUUGGAUUGGAUCUAAACUAACAUUUAGCAGGAGCUACAAUUACAUUUGAAGAAGCAGACGGGGGAAUUUUCACCAAUUCCUCCUUUUCCCCUUAUCAUCCUAGAAAACACGGGGGAGGGGGGAAUUGUGUAUUCUCUUCUAUCUCUAAAUAGAAAGUCUCCUUACAUUUGUGAAAGUGAUUUUCUGGAUCGAAUCAGCUGUAUCUUGAAUUCGUUACACAGGGAUUUAAAUUUAGGAAAAGUGAAGUCUCGUAAGUUGUCAGGACAAGAGAGUGAGUGCAGUGGAGAAGUGGAAUCCUCUGCAAUAGAGGCAGAUCAAGGAGCCCUGGAAGAAGACAACAGGUACAGUCUAAAAUUUUCUAUGUUUUAUUUAAGGUUAUUUUCUGAAAAGCCUUUCACUUCUACAGUCUCCUGCGAUACGUUGUUGUAGAAGUGCCAUUCACAUUCCAAAUGCAAUUCACACAUAUUAAAUAUAUUUAUGUUACUUGUGGUUUCCUGCCUUUUUCUCCCCUUCAAAAAGUCCUUGCCCCAAACUGAGGUUAAAAGGAUAGUUGAGGGCUGUACCUCUUCAGUAGGAGGUAUGCUGAAGAAGCUGCACGUGGAUAAUGCUGGUUGAACAUGAAAUGAUCUGAUAGGCAUGCAUCUGUGAUCCACCUUAACCCAGAGGUCUACGUAUCCAUGACUAAUAAUGUAAAUAAUGGGGGAAAACAGCAUAAAACACAAAACCAGCAACCUGGCUUAGCAGAUUUUGCGGGGCAAGGGUCUACCUCUAUAAACUCUUAGUAAAAGAGAUUAGUUUUCCAACUGUGCUGAUCAGAAUCGUGAGAUAGAUAUGAAAUGAUUCCCCCCCACCACCAAAAAAAAAAGUGUGUCAAACAUAUUGUUCUGUCUCUACAGUUCUGAGAAAGAGAAUCGGGCAACAUCUUGGAGCGGUUCAUUGGCUGAAAAUCACGUGCCAGAAAUCGAAGUUGCUGAGGUAGCGUAUACCACCGAUGAAGAGAUGUAAAUGCUACCAGCUGCCUUUACAGUAGUGUAAAAAAGUCAAUGUCUGGAUUGCAUUGAACAGAAGUAUAUAGUAGCUGUCAAGCAGAAGCUGAGAUGGCAGAAGCUUGAAUGUUUACAUAAACCAAUCUAGAGAAACCUAUGGCAUAGGAAGGAUAUAAGUGCUGCUUUGUCUCAGCCUUUAUCUAGCCUUAUGAGAGAUAUAUAUUAAUAUAUAAAAAAGCUCUGGUUAAAGGCAGGUCACGUUGGAAUCCUAAGUGAUGUAUAUAAGUUAUAUGUACCCAUAUAUAAAGGAUAAAUGCCACACAUGUAGAUAUACCAAUCAUGUAGCAUGUUGUAUAUCACAUGCUUGCUAUUAAUAUUUCACAUUUUGUAUGGACAGCUUUUUGGUAUUUGGAUUUUCAGAUUCUUUAUAUAGGCAUGUAACUUCUGCUCUGGGAAAUAUAAUUCUGCCAUAUGGACUUGGAAAAUGUAUAUGAUUUCUUGUGGUUUUUUAAGUCAUAAAUGUAAAUAAGUGAUAUGUAAAUUAUAAUGCAAUGAUCUAGGAAAGCUUGCAGUACCAAAAUUAAACCUUUCAGUAAUGGGAAUGUUAUUUGUUUUCAUAAUGCGGAAAGAAAUAUCACACUGUGGGCAUUCACCUGCACUUGAAAACAAUAUAAAAGCUGUCUUUUAACUGUUUUUCUUUAAAUCUCCUUACACUUUUGCCACUCAGCCACAUAAUCAGCGAAUCAACAAAUUUGCCUUAUAUAAAGAACACUACCUCUUUCUUUUGUUGCUAAUGCAUAAUUGCUCUGUUUAAAGUAUGCAUAUUAUAAACAGAUAUUUGAGUCAUUAAAGCCAUACUUCUGCACAGUUAAAUAACUAAAUCUAAUUGCAGUUUAUGUUUGUGUGUGUUUAUAAAAUAUUGUACACCCAGGAACACACUAUAAGCUUCACUCUCAUUUUAAAAUUUGUGUUGAACCUAAUAAUGCACUUUAUAACAAAGAAAAUAUUGUGCCAAGUUUAUUGGCUCUGUGUUUUUUGUGCUUUUUGUUCCACCUUUGGACUGAGGGAAGGUGCAAUUGGUUUGUACAGUAGUGCCUUUUUGUAUUUUGCUUGUUACAGAUGUUAUAAUAGUGUGUCAGCUUUAUGGAAUCUUCAGAAACAUUCUGCUCAGCAGUUAUUUGCUGGAAGUGCCUUGUUUUGUCUGCUCUUUCAGUAGGAAGAAUGCUUCUUUUGUUCUUCUCUGUGCCACCUACUCCUUUGUUUAAUGCUGUUAACACACAGUCUCAUGUGCCGGAAUUUUCAAUGGUCGCUUUGUGUUUUAGGGUGUGAGGACAAAGAUCUCUGCAGGACUGUAUGAAACCAUCUGGGGCAAAUAAACCUUUGGACAUGAGAA